AGAUUUGAUAAUGCGUCGUAACUACAGUCUUCAACCGGAUAGAAAGAGUCGUCAGGCAAGACCAACGUCUGUUAUUGGACAAGAACAAAAUCCUGUAAAUCGUGAUGUGAAAUACAAAUCACAGAAUAACGAAUCGGUUGAAAGUUUAAUGCAAUUUUUAAUAAAUACAAACUACAACAGUCCUUCACCCGAGGCUUCAUCGACACUGAAUUCUAAAGAGAUAUUCUCAAUGUUUGAGCAUAUUGUUCGUCAAAUUGAUGAUACAUUUCGCAUUGAAGGUGGUGGGAUGAAAACAGAAGCAGUAUUUGUAAGUACUCUUAAGAAGUUUGGCUAUCCUAACCCUCUGAGUAAACUACAUCUAGUCGCACCUGGUGCUCCUCAGGCAUGGAAUUCCGUUGUAACCGCAAUGAUUUGGUUAAUAGAAGGCGUGGUGCAUGCGAAACAAUUCAGUGAAUUUGACAUUCCCGUUGCUGAAGGUGAUGGAAAUUCCAUUGAGAAAGCAACAGUCAACAAGUUUAUUCAUAAAUUGAAGUUAUCCUUGUUUAAGAGAAAACGCGGAGUCCCUAAUAUUACUGACUCUGUACUUCAGG